CCAUUUAGUGGCCAUUUGCUGUUCAGUCAAAAGUUUAAAUGGGUGCUAUAAAUCGGAGCAGUUUAAUGCGUUUUCUAAAAAAAAUUGAAUGACAAAUAAAAACCACUUUUUCAUGAUUUGUCACCUACUACUUUGCAACAAUGCUUCUCCAAAUUCUCCAACUCGCUCAAAUUCUCCUCCUCACUUCGCUGUCACCGUCGCGCGCCGACGAUGGCGGCCGGUGGCAUCUUCUUCAGAACGACAUCGGAGUUCUUCCAAUGCACAUGCAGUUACUUCACAGUGACAGAGUCGUCAUCUUCGACAGAACCGACUUCGGCACUUCCAAUUUGCCCUUGCCGGACGGGAAAUGUCGAAUGGAUCCAGACGACGUCGCUCUUAAACUCGAUUGCACUGCACAUUCUCUUGAAUACGAUGUCGCAUCCAACUCGUUUCGUCCACUCAUGGUCCAGACUGACGUCUGGUGCUCCGCCGGUGCCGCCGUGACCGACGGAACACUCGUUCAGACUGGUGGAUUCAACGAUGGCGAUCGGAGGGUAAGAAUCUUCAAGCCGUAUCCUAAUGGCUCGGAUUGGGAGGAGAUUCCGUUAGCCCUAACUGUCCGCCGAUGGUACCCGACGAACCAGAUUCUACCUGACGGACGACAAAUUGUAAUCGGCGGACGACGACAGUUCAACUACGAGUUUUUCCCGAAAACCGGCGGAGCUUCCAAGGCGUAUAGCUUUCCGUUCUUGGUGGAGACGAAUGAUCCAUUGAUCGAGAACAAUUUGUAUCCAUUCGUAUUUCUGAACGUCGACGGGAAUUUGUUCGUCUUCGCGAACAAUCGGUCGAUUCUGUUCGAUUACGCAAGAAACGAGGUGUUGAAGACUUUUCCGGCGAUCCCCGGCGGUGAUCCACGGUGUUAUCCAAGCACCGGCUCGGCUGCGCUUCUCCCGUUGAGGAAUUUACAGGCGGCAACGAUUGAAGUGGAGGUUUUGGUUUGCGGCGGAGCCCCGAAAGGAUCUUUUACCAAAGCCGUGAAUCGGACCUUCGUCAGAGCUUUAAAUACCUGCGCCAGAAUUAAAAUAACCGACCCGAAACCCGAAUGGGUCAUGGAAACCAUGCCGGUGGGCAGAGUCAUGGGAGACAUGGUUUUGCUUCCAAAUGGUGACAUUUUGAUUAUAAACGGUGCCGGUGCGGGAACGGCCGGGUGGGAUAACGCUCGGGACCCGGUUUUGAACCCGGUUCUGUACCGACCCAAAGACUCCCCCGGUUCGAGGUUCCGGUUGCUGAACCCCAGUACGAUUCCCCGUCUUUAUCACUCCACGGCGGUGCUCCUCCGUGACGGUCGCGUAUUGGUCGGCGGGAGCAAUCCGAAUGCAUAUUACAACUUCACCAACGUACCAUUUCCGACGGAGUUGAGACUGGAGGCGUUUUCGCCGCCGUAUUUGGCUCCAGAAUUUGAAAACCUGCGGCCGAAAAUAUUGUCGCCAUCAUCUCAAACCACCGUGAGACACGCGCAACAGUUGGCAGUUCGGUUUAACGUUACUGGCGACGGUGCAACUUUGGGUACGGUGGAGGUGACGAUGGUGGCACCGCCGUUCAACACGCAUUCGUUUUCCAUGAGUCAGAGGCUACUGGUGAUCGGCGGCGAGAAUGUGACGGAUUUGGGAUAUGACACGUGGGAUGUCCACAUCAGCAUACCCGGGUCGGGCACAAUUGCUCCAUCCGGCUAUUACCUUCUGUUUGUGGUUCAUCGGGAGAUUCCCAGUAAUGGCAUUUGGAUCCGAAUCGCGUGAGGGUAAAAAGGGAAGAUCCGACAUAAAGUUUUAUGGUGCAUGACUGCAUGUGGCAGAGAAUUUUAGAGAAAAUUAUUCUUAUUUAUAUUUAUAUAUUUUUUUUUUUAUUUUCCUUUUUACUUUCACAUGGAAACAUACAUUUUUCUCAUACUUAU